GUCGCCGUGUUGCUGCUGUCUUUAUUGUUCCGUGUUAAAGUAAAACUCUACACUGCAGCUGAAGAUGAAGGGCCCUCUGCUGCUGCUGCUUACUGUUUGGUUGUACACUCAGUACGGCGACUGCGCUCUUCUCUCUUCAUGCUCCUACCCUCCAUCAAAGUGGUGCUCAUCUCUGCAAGCUGCUGUCCAGUGCGGGGUUUUGAAGGAGUGCCUCCUGUCCAACUUCACCAAGUCCCACCAGAAAGUAGAUAAGGUCGAGGUGGGGCUUUACUAUGAGACUCUAUGCCCCGGAUGCAGACAGUUCCUCAGUCUCAUGCUCUUCCCCACCUGGGUCAUGCUGAUGGACAUCAUGGAUGUUAAACUGGUGCCCUAUGGCAAUGCACAGGAAAAACCUGCAGGACAGAAGUAUACUUACGAGUGCCAGCACGGAGAACAGGAAUGUUUUGGCAACAUGCUCGAGACUUGUUUACUGAACAUGACGGACUAUGCUUUCCCGAUCAUCUUCUGUAUGGAAUCCUCUAGUGAUGUCAUCAAGUCAGCCAAGAACUGCGCGGAAGUCUACGCCCCUGAAUUGAAAUGGGAAACCCUGAUGAAGUGUGUGAACGGGGACCAGGGGAUGCAGCUGAUGCAUCAGAAUGCCCUGGCAACCCAAGGGCUGAAACCUCCACACGAAUAUGUGCCCUGGGUGACCGUUAAUGGGGAGCACACAGAGGAUCUGCAGGAUAAGGCCAUGACUUCUCUCUACACUCUGGUCUGCAGCAUGUACAAGGGCCCCAAGCCUCCAGUCUGUGGCCAGAGCCAGAAAGCGUACCAAAGCCGCUGCAAAAAAGAGUGAAGGAGAAGCACUGCACAUGCCUGUUUGCUUGUUCUGCUCCAGGUGUGGCCACGCAAUCAGGAACACUGAGGAUUGUCAUCAGAUAUUCUUUUAAACUGUGAUUUUUAUGUUUCUAUAAAGGGAAAAAUGAUUGCCUCACUUUAUAAUUCACAGAUUAUAAAUACAAUUUCUAAAAAAAA